AUGUUACAAGAGACGAAGAAAAUCGAAUCCAUACUUUUUAAUUACGAAACGACUUAUAACACUGAUUUCCGUUUUGGUGAAAUUCGCGAAUAUCCUAAAACUGUCUAUGUACCCAAGCCCUCUGUCGGAGAUCGUGGUAAACCAGCGUAUAGAAACGUUCAUACCUUAACGGAGUGGAAAGGAGAUUUGCCUCCAUUUAGUCUUCUCCACAGACCUAAGGAUGUGGUGCGAACAAAUCCCAAUAAUGUGCAGCAACAUUUUGAAAAACCUAAGGACAUAGACAGAGAACACGCACAAAAGACACGUCCUCGUCUGGUAAUGACGCCGGCAGUGAGUAUGGACGACAUAGCAGACGAGCGCGCUCGACAAAUCCUCUGUACCGAUAUGUACACCAGUGAUAUGAGCCGCGGUAUGCGAGAGGCGGUGAAGCCUUACAAGAAUGUGUGUGCGCCCUUACCUGGGAGACCAGCACCUUCAAAUCCUAUGGCUCUGCCCAAGUUGCAGCCUCCGUACGUGUCUCCAGAAUGGCGAAUGGAUUCCGUUUCUUGGGACAGUAAACAACUACGUGCUUAUUGUGACCCUACUAAAGAGUUUUGGCUUGCACGAGAUGCGUCUAGGCGUAAAGCACAUAAUGAAGUUAUAAAAACAAGUUCCCGAGAAGUUACAAAUAAGAAGAAUUAGAGAUAGAUCUAGAAGCUGAAACUACGUUUCUUUAAAUGUGUUUUAAAUUUAUUUUAGAAGAAAUGUUUUUAAG